AUGGAGCAUCAAGGGGAGGUAGCGGGAGUGACGUGGAAUCGUGAUAACUUUCUUUCGUGCAGCUGGGAUGGAUCUGUGAAGAUGUACCAGGCAGCGAACCCGAAUGCGUCUUGCAUGACAUUUCAAGAACAUAUGAAAGAAGUGUAUGAGGUUGCCUGCUCCACACGUAAUCCCGCAUCAUUUUUGUCAUGCUCUGGAGACGGUACCUGGAAGCUGUGGGACGCACGGACACCGCGCUCCGUAUUGACGCAGGUUGGGCACAACCAUCAGAUUGUUCUCAGCAUUGAUUGGAAUAAGUACGACGGGUGCCUUUUUGCUUCUGGUGGUGUGGACCGUACAGUGCGGCUAUGGGACCUUCGCCGGCCAACGCAGCCCCUUGCUUCACUUCCCGGACAUGAGAACGCCUGCCGCCGUGUCCGCUUCUCACCUCACUCACGCGUGCUGCUGGCAUCAGCUGGCUAUGACUGUCGAGUCUGUAUCUGGGACCUCAACCAACCGCAGCGUCCCCUUGUUGGUCGCUACGCCCAUCAUCGCGAGUUUGUCGUUGGGCUUGAUUGGUCGCUGGCCGUGCCCAACGCGCUUGCUUCCGCGUCUUGGGACGGACGGGUGUUCUUCUGGGUGAGCGGGCAGCAGGUAACGCCGUCACCGCCACUGCCACAACUCCCUGCCGCUGUGCCGCCGCCACGAGUCCGGGUGCCACGGAAUAAAGUGCUCCCGGGACUUCCGCCUGCGCCCCCUGCCAUCCCCGUUCAGCAGUAG